GGGAGCUCUCCAGGGCACAUCCCUCUCUUCCUGCCUUUCUCCUGCAGAUGGUUUGCGAAUUCACCAGGUGCAUUUGGAGGGAAGAGACCAUUGCCGUGGGCGCUGGGGGCACGGCAAACUCUGCCCUCUCCAAUGCCGAAACCAGUGCUGCCCUGCUGGAUUUGCUUGUGGAGAAUGGUGUCUCCAAUGCCAAGAAAGUGCCAGCCUUGGUCAGGUACAUCCACCGGUGGCUCACGGCCAAUGCGUCUGCUGAGCGCAGACUAGACAAGGCUCUGUUGGCGCUGGUCGAGGCACACCCCGUGGAUGUGGUGGUGACUGUGCUGCGCUCUGCCCCAUCCUGUGACAGAGCUGCUGUGACCAUGUGGAGGACAAUCAUCUCCUCAAGAAGUACUGCAGAGCCGGUGCUGCAGAUACUUGCCCUUGUCCUGGGAAGCUGGCCAGCCUGCAGCAUGUGCACCUCGGAUGGGGAUGAAACAGAAGUCUUUGCCCUGGCUGCAACCUUGGCACUCUGGAAGAUCCUCCAUCUGCUGCGCUGCACGCGUGCAGUGAGGGGGUGUUUCCCCAACCUCUUUGUGCAUCUGCUCUUCCAAGUGUUCUUCAGCACAGUGCAGAUGCUGGAAGAGGUUGACCCCUUGUGGAGGGAAUGCCGGAAGCAACACAGCCUUCCCACCAACCCCAACAGGUUUGCAGUGCUGACCAUCAAAGCCCUGCUGCACCAUCUGCGCUGUGAGAGCGUAUUGGUGGCCAUGGAACGCAAGCAUGGCUGGGACACGCUGCUCAACGCUGACACCCACCACUACGCGGUGGGUCUGCUGGCCAGGGAGAUGGCUUCUGCCUGCACAGCCUGGUGUUGCAGCAUCGUAUGCUGCCUCCUGGAGCUGCUCAGUGAAGAGAUGUGUCCCUGGGAGCUCCCUGCCAUGGCGUUCCUUGUGGAGGUGAGCCUGAUGGCGAGCGCUGCCUGGCCGAGCUGCCUCCACCUCUCUGGCCUU